AGCGACCACUUGGCGUUCUUCCUGCUGGAGUCCAUCUUCCUGUCGCUGCCCUUCGACCAGGUCCAGCCGUUCGUGGCCAACAUCUUCCAGCUGGUCUUUGCCCGCAUCCAGAGCUCGAAGACGCUCAAGAUCAUGCGCUCGUUCAUCGUCUUCCUGGCCUUCUUCAUCGGCAAGCACGGCGCCAGCACCGUGCUCCAGGCCAUCGACAACGUGCAGCCCAACCUGUUCAUGAUGGUCAUGAGCUCGCUCUGGCUGCCCAACAUCCAGAAGGUGAGCGGCCUCACCGAGCGCAAGGCCUGCGCCAUUGCCAUGAUCAAGCUCCUCACCGACUGCCCGGCCCUGCUCGGCGAGACCUACUUCUCGCUCUGGAGCAAGGUCCUCGCGGCCCUCAUGGCCGUCCUCGAGUUGCCUCAGGACGAAUCUGCGCCUGCGGAUGUGGUUGAGGAGGAGGUGGACGUGGACAUCGCUCAGGCCUCGCACGCUUCGUUUGAGACGCUGAUGCACGCCCGCAAGAAGGACGUGGAUCCCUUCAAGGAUGUCGACCCCAAGAAGCUCCUCGCCUUCUCCCUCCAGCGCCUCUCCCAGGCCCACCCUGGCAAG